ACCCUCCAAAGGACAAAUAAAACAAAUUAAUGACGACAAAAGGCAGCCUCUAGUAUUGUCGCCAACGUAACGCAGCCAUGGAAAAGUCCUUCAAAACAAGAGCUUUUUUUGUUAUUUCACUCACUUUGCAACAAAACUUCACAUCACAAACACAAAACCCUUCUUAGUUUUCUCAAACUCCACGCCUUUGAUGCAAUACUAGGAGGAGGCUCCAGCCAGCCACCACCAUUUCAGGAAACUUUUCUGAGCUUUCUUUCCAUUUGAAAACCCAGUUAGGAAUUUUCCAUGUCGUUUGAACUUGGUGGGUUGUUUAUUGGAGGAACUGACUAGUGACUUUCUCUGUUCUGGCAAUCUGAUCUUCUUCAUCCCCUCAUUGUUUUCAUCGUUAAUUGCAAAAAUGGCACAAGAGGACGGGUCACCAGUAACUUCAUCAGCGCUGCAGUUCUUUCCCUGGCUAUCUCCUGGGAUAGGAUCUCCAUACUCACCAUGGCUCAGGGAGCUAAAAUCUGAGGAGAGAGGUUUAUGCCUGAUCCAGCUUCUUUACGCCUGUGCUAGCCAUGUCGCAUCGGGUAGCAUCGAGAAUGCAAAUAUUUGGCUUGACCAGACUUGUCAGCUCGCCUCUCCUGACGGUGAUUCAAUGCAGAGAAUAGCUGCUUAUUUCACUGAGGCACUUGCAGACCGGAUGCUUAAAGGUUUGCCCGGUCUGCAUAAAGCGCUUAAUUCAACAAAAAUAUCAUCAGUCUCGGAAGAAAUUCUUGUUCAAAGGCUGUUCUUUGAUCUCUGUCCUUUCCUAAAGGUUGCAUAUGUGGUCACAAAUCGGGCCAUAGUGGAAGCCAUGGAAGGGGAGAAGAUGGUUCAUAUUAUCGAUCUUCAUUCAUGUGAGCCUGCCCAGUGGAUUAAUCUGAUUCAGACAUUAAAUGCACGACCUGAAGGCCCGCCUCAUUUGAGAAUUACUGGCAUUCAUGAACAAAAAGAAGUACUAGACCAAAUGUUCCUUCGGUUGACAGAAGAAGCUGAAAAUCUGAACAUCCCAUUUCAGUUCAAUGCUAUAGUUAGCAAGCUAGAGAACCUUGAUAUCGAAAGUUUGCGUGUCAAGACUGGAGAGGCUCUGGCAGUAUGCUCCAUACUGCAGCUACAUUCUCUCUUGGCAAGUGAUGAUGAUCAUAGGAGGAAAACACCAGCAUCUAAGAACCUGCAGAAAGUCCUGCAUAUGAAUAAACUCACUUUAGGAGAGUGGCUGGAGAAAGAUCCAAUUAACGGCAGUCCUGAUUCUGCUUUGUCCCCGCUAUCAAGUGCUUCACCAAAGAUGGGGAGUUUUUUAACUUCUCUUUGGGGCCUUUCGCCAAAACUAAUGGUAAUAACAGAGCAAGAGGCAAACCACAAUGGCCAUACAUUGAUGGACAGGAUCAUGGAAGCAUUGUACUUCUAUGGAGCACUUUUUGAUUGCUUAGAGUCUACAGUAUCGAGAUCACCAAUGGAGCGACAAAAGGUUGAGAAGCUGCUUUUCGGAGAGGAAAUAAAAAACAUCAUAGCAUGUGAAGGAACUGAGCGAACGGAAAGGCAUGAGAAGCUUGAGAAGUGGAUUUUAAGGCUUGAGUUGGCUGGGUUUGGCAGGGUGCCUUUGAGCUACAACGGAAUGUUGCAGGCUACGGAGCUGUUGCGUGGCUAUGACGGGUACAAGAUUAAAGAAUAUAAUGGAUGUGUGGUUAUUUGCUGGCACGACAGACCUCUUUUUUCGAUUUCAGGCUGGAGGUUUAGGAGAUACCAAUGAUGUUGAUCGACCAUCCGGGGAUUGAGUGCUGUUUUCUUUUUCUUUCUUUUGUCCCUUUUCUUGUUGUAAAGAAUUUUAAGCAGUUCUUCCUCGCCAACUGCAUAGUGUCUUCCUUAGAAAGGUUCGGAGAAUUUAUUCUCUGUUCUAAAUUUUUUUGUUAUCUGUUAAUCUGUAUGCUUUUUUGUUUUCUCUUUCCAUACAAACACUGAUGUUGCGCCUUUGGCAUAUUUUCUUUAGGUUGAUUCUUUGUUCUA